CUCCAUUUUAGGCUCAUUGAGGGGUAGCGACCCACUUUGGCGGGGUGCAUUUAUUUAUUACACGACAACAUCUCUCUCUCUCUUCUCUUCUUGAUGUUUCCUCACAAACUUCAUUGUUGAAGUGCUUUCCUGGAAACAAUUAGAUCACAGCCAAGAAUUGAUAUCUACUUGUUGUGUUAGUAAAUACCCAGUCAAUUAAUACAAUGGCACCAUAUACCAUAAAGUGGGGUAUACUUGCCACAGGAGGCAUUGCUCAAACUUUCACAAAAGAUCUCCUCACGAAUCCCGCCACCCGCGAUGUCCACGACGUCCACCACUCCGUCGUAGCGGCAGCAUCCUCCUCCUCUGCCUCUCGAGCUGAAGAAUUCCUCAAAGAUGUCAAAGCACCAGCAGGAGCAAAAGCUUACGGCUCCUACGCCGAAUUAGUCAAAGAUCCCAACGUGGAGAUAAUCUACGUCGCCACACCUCACUCUCACCAUUUCCAGAAUACAAUGCUCUGUCUCGAAGCUGGGAAACACGUCCUCUGUGAGAAGGCAUUUACAGUUAAUGCUGCACAAGCCAAGAAGUUGGUCGAGACUGCGAAAGCGAAGAAGCUGUUUCUGAUGGAAGCCGUAUGGACCAGAUAUUUCCCAUUAAGCAUCAAGAUCCGGGAACUGGUCAAGGACGGUGCAAUUGGCAAGAUCCACAGGGUGACUGCCGAUCUUAGUCUCGCGCAAGCAAAGGAUGAUGGCGGUCUGAAAUUCCCACCCGAAAAUAGGAUGGUAAACAUGGAUCUUGCAGGAGGAUGCCUGUUAGAUUUGGGUAUUUACAGCUUGACGUGGGUUUUCCAAAUCUUGUACCAUUGCCAAGCACAAGCACAGAGAGAGAAGCCAAAGGUUCUGGCCGCGAUUCAGAAAUAUGAGUUGACGGGUGCGGAUGAGAACACGAGUCUACUUCUCCAGUGGCCUGGUCAGAAGACCAUGGGGAUUGCUACGACGUGUAUGAGGGUUGCGACUACACCGGAUGGCGAAGGAAGUCCAGCUGCGGGACCAGCGUGUAGGAUCCAGGGUACCAAGGGAGAAAUACAGGUCAUUGGACCUCUGUAUAGACCACAAAAAUAUCGAAUCAUUAUGGUCGGAGGGGAGACAGGCAAACUCGAAGAAGUUGAUUGCCCAAUUCCGACAGAUAAGGACAGAGAUGGAUGGGGACAUGGCAUGUUCUGGGAAGCGGAUGAGGCGGCUAGGUGUAUCAGGGAUGGGAAACUCGAGAGUGACGGUUUGAAUUGGGAAGAAAGUGUUGUUAUCAUGGAGACCAUGGAUGAAGCGAGGAAGCAAGGAGGAUUGAAAUACCCUGAGUUGAUUGAGACUGAUGUAUAUGAUCCAAAGAGUCCCUUGAACGGGAAGUAGUCGUUUACUGAAGCGAGCUCUAUGAAGAAUGCCAAUGUAAACUCACAAGAUAUGUUCAUACC